UCUGCGAAAUGACUUAAGGCCUAAGCUCCCCUUGUCUGAGAUCGUAACCUAACCAUUCUCUCUGAAGGGGAGAACCCGCAUACAGUCUGCGUCAUCUCAGACUAGCUCCGGCCACAGAUUCCGAUGCCCAUACUCCGAUCAGUUGAAGAUAACCUAAUUUCGAUUAGUUGAAAUGGCUGAUAACAAUACAAGUUCUAAUUCACUGAGUGAAAAUCCUAGCCCCAAUGGGAAUUCAGCUUCUGAGAAUGAGAGUGAAGUUUCAAUCGAUGUGCUAGCACGAAAAGUUCAUGAAUCGCUCUCCAUGGCAAGGAGAAACAAGUUUUGGGAAACCCAACCUGUUGGGCAGUUCAAAGAUCUUGGGGACACAAGCUUGCCCGAAGGUCCGAUUGAAUCUCCAACACCCUUGUCAGACGUCAAACAAGAACCUUUUAAUCUUCCCAAUCUCUAUGAAUGGAUUACCUGUGAUAUGGACUCGGAAGAGAUGUGCACUGAGGUUUAUAAUCUCCUCUCCAAUAAUUAUGUUGAGGAUGAUGAUAACAUGUUUAGAUUUAACUAUUCCAAGGAGUUCCUUCUGUGGGCACUUUGCCCUCCGGGUUAUUACAGGAGCUGGCAUAUUGGGGUGCGAGUGAAGAGCUCCAAAAAGUUGGUUGCUUUUAUUACAGGGGUUCCUGCAAGAAUCCGGGUCCGUGAUACUGUUGUUAACAUGGCGGAGAUUAAUUUUCUGUGUGUUCAUAAGAAGCUUAGAUCGAAAAGACUUGCUCCAGUCAUGAUUAAGGAGGUGACUAGGAGGGUUCACUUGGAGAAUAUCUGGCAAGCAGCUUAUACUGCUGGGGUAGUUCUCCCUACGCCCAUAUCAACUUGUCAAUAUUGGCAUAGAUCUUUGAAUCCAAAGAAGCUUAUUGAUGUUGGAUUUUCUAGGCUCGGUCCAAGGAUGACAAUGAGCCGAACAAUAAAGCUGUACAAGUUACCAGAUCAAACAGCCACUCCUGGGUUUAGAAAGAUGGAACCCCAUGAUGUUCCAGCAGUUACCCGUCUGCUUAAGAAUUACUUGAAGCAAUUCUUAGUUGCACCAGACUUUGAUGAAAAUGAUGUCGAGCACUUGCUUCUUACAAGGGAGAAUGUUGUGGACAGUUACCUUGUUGAAAGCCCUGAGACUCAUGAGAUCACAGAUUUUUGCAGUUUUUACACACUUCCCUCGUCUAUCCUUGGCAACCAGAAUUACUCAACUUUGAAGGCUGCAUAUUCUUACUACAAUGUAUCAACUAAAACUCCAUUGCUUCAGUUGAUGAAUGAUGCUCUCAUUGUGGCAAAACAAAAGGAUUAUGAUGUUUUCAAUGCAUUGGAUGUUAUGCAAAACGAAUCUUUCUUGAAGGAACUGAAAUUCGGGCCUGGUGAUGGGAAACUCCACUAUUAUCUUUACAACUAUCGGAUUAAUCAUGUCUUAAGACCAUCAGAACUUGGGCUUGUACUGUUGUAAUUUAAGCUCCAAAAUUUUGUUCCGGUGUGCACCUGGGAAAGCUUCUUUGGUAAUAUGUGCUCAUUUUUCUGGUUCUGACGUUGCAUCUGUUGCCCCUUAUUAUACUCAGUUGGUAUCAUGAUUAGAACUUUGAUUUGGUUUUUACUUGAAAUUAUGAUAGAUAAAUUUUGAGAAUGGAAACUUCUCAAUGCCCGAGUUUCAUGGGCAACGUUGAGCUUCUCAUGUGUUUUUUAAGACUGGAAG